UGCAAAAACAGGGCAUAAUAGUAGAAAAUGUCCUAUUCGUAUGAGAAUCAACCAAUCUGAAUUUCAACAACAACAAGUUCAUCAGGAAGUCAGAAAAGAAGGCCCUUCUACACCUAGUAAUGCAACAGAAGUUUCAAGCAUUCUUAUUGAGAGCCUGGCGUCGGUGCAGUUCAAUUCCUCAUUUGUGGUCAAACAAAUUGCCAAUCAACUUAACCAGCCAAGGGCACAACCUCAACAACCACUGAGGAGUUCUGCAUUAAUUUUAGAGGAAGUUGGUGAGCAUUCUGGAGAAGGUACAAGGCCACACUUCAUCCAGAGAAUGGGAAAACAAUACGUCCCACUGUCAAGUUUACAAGAAGCGCUUUCUCAAAAUAGAAAGAGAGUGGGAAGUGGCGCACAUGCUAAGAAGAAAACCGUUUCUUAA